AUGCCCAUGCUACAAACAGCCCAGGUUAAUACACCCCUCGAAGCCCUACGCCCAAGUGCCAUCACAACCAUGAUAGAACACCCAUCUACACAUAGCCGUCUCAUAUCGCAGAACAACACGCCUUCCAGAGAUAGGCGAUUCACUGUUCACUGCAAAGACCUCAAAUGGCUAACACUCGCUCCAAAGGCCGAGAAAGUCUGCGUUCUUCCCCGACAUCGACAACUCGACAGCGCCGAGAUAUACGUGAUGAAGGGGAGCUGGGCCCAUCCCCAGAUUGCCAGCUUUGCUGAAGGAGACUACGUCUCUGAAAGCAAAGGAGCUAUUCACGACCAUCUUGCGUUCGAGAACGACACAGAGCUUUCGACGGUCAGCAGGGACCGCCGACGCUUUCGGACGACAACGGCUCGGAUCUGUAUAUGA